AUGAUCCUGACGAUGAACUUCUUGGGGAUAUUGGGUCGCCCUCUCCAGGCUUGGCAGAUGCCAAUUCCGAACCGCCCUCAGCUUCCUCUGGCGGUCACCAACUUUCACCAGCGGACACGCCGUCUAGUGCUUCUUCCCAAGCUGCCGAUUCGUCCGAGCAUCCACUUAGCAGCUCCCAACCAGCCGCAUAGUCCCCCACGGCACCGCAGCCUCGCUGCAGCAUUCGCGUUUGCAUUCGGCCGAAGCACCUGGGUCUAUAUGACACGCAGUUUGCUCCUUUACAGGAUCCGACAUUAG